GUGACACGGUCGAGAUGUUUGUUUUCGUUGCGGUCAUUUUUGUCUGUGUGGCUUACAUUACUUCUAUACAGUUUGUGUAUUACAGAUACAGACAGUUAUGGCCACGGCUACGAAGUAAAAUAUCCACCCCAAUAUACAGUGGUGAAGACAGAAAUUUUUCUCCAACACACGACAGAUCCGACGCGCUCUCGCUGAAUUCAGAAGAAAAGGCGCGUGUGAGAGUCACUGAGGCACGAGCGCUGUUAGUCACUGCACAUCCAGACGAUGAAUGCAUGUUUUUUGCACCUACAGUCUUAAAACUUGUUAAAUCGAAAGCAGCCGUUUAUUUGUUAUGUUUGUCAACAGGCAAUUACAACAAUCAAGGACCUCAACGCAAAAGGGAACUGCUUGACAGCUCUGCAGUUCUGGGAAUCCCAGCCAACCAUGUCACCAUCAUAGAUGACAAAGAGCUUCCAGAUGACCCAACGUUCCAUUGGAGCACUGCACUGAUCUCCUCUCUGAUCCUCAAACACAUUCAGAACUAUAACAUCAGCCUGGUACUAACAUUUGAUGGCAGAGGUGUGAGUGGACAUGCCAAUCAUAUUGCCAUCUACAAGGCCCUCAGCCAUCUUGCUUCUGCUGGUAGACUUCCUGAAGGUUGUCAAAUCUUCUCUCUACACACCAUUAACAUCCUCCGAAAGUAUCUGUCAGUCUUAGAGCUGCCAGUCAGCUGGCUCCUCCCCUCUGAUUUCUGCUGCAUCAUUGGAUGGGACGAGUAUAAACGUGCCAAGAAAGCCAUGCUCUGUCAUCACUCUCAGCUGCUGUGGUUCCGCCGGCUCUACAUCCUGUUUUCACGCUACAUGUUUGCAAACACAUUCCAGGCCAUUACCGUGGAAACAAAGAAUGUAAAAAUGUAUUAGCUUAAAUUGUCCUUGUGCACUGUUCCUGUCCAUGUAGGACUUAACUCUGAAAUUCUUUAAGGUUUUCUUCAUGUUUAUCUACCUUCGUACACCCUUAUUGAUCCAUUUCAUAUGUUUGAGGAAUGAAUGAACAAUUGCCAUAUAUUUAUAGCAUAUUAAUAAGGCUUAGCUGGGAUCAGUCCUGGUAUACAAGAACCGUUGGCGUAUUGAACGUUAUAGUUCUUUACACACAUAAUUGCAAACCAUCCAGUUUGCUAGGGAGGUUCAAAGUAGUUUAACACUAAAGCUUUUAAUAGAGUAACUGAAUCCAAAACAUAGCUAAACCUGUUUGUGCCUGCUUUGAGUAUAAACAAAGAUAGAAGACAAAAUUCUGUAUAUUGUUUACAUUUGCUAUUACUGUUGUUACUGGACUUAUUAAUGGAGAGUCCUAAAUUAUGCACUGUCCAAU